UCGGCCGGGCAGCUGCUGCAGUGGCGGACCUACCUGUGCAGGGCCAUGGCCCAGCCAGCCCGGUCCGCGCGGGUGUCGCGGGGCUCAGAUAAAGUACGAAAAGACACGGCUGGACAGACCUCAGGACCCAGGCAAGGCAGUCAAAUGGGGAAAGUUUUGGGAUUUGAGUGGACAGAUAUUUCCAGCUGGGGGAAGCUAGUGACCUUGCUGAAUCGACCCACAGAUCCUGCAAGUCUGGCUGUCUUCCGAUUUCUCUUUGGGUUGCUGAUGGUGCUAGACAUUCCCCAGGAGCGGGGGCUCAGCUCCCUGGACCGAAGAUACCUGGAUGGGCUGGAGGUGUGCCGCUUCCCCUUGCUGGAUGCCCUCCAGCCUCUGCCACUUGACUGGAUGUAUCUUGUCUACACCAUCAUGUUUUUGGGGGCAUUGGGCAUGAUGCUGGGCCUGUGCUACCGGAUAAGCUGUGUGUUUUUCCUGCUGCCCUACUGGUAUGUGUUUCUCCUGGACAAGACAUCGUGGAACAACCACUCCUACCUAUAUGGUUUGUUGGCCUUUCAGCUGAUGUUUGUGGAUGCAAACCGCUACUGGUCUGUGGAUGGCCUCCUGAGUGCCCGUAAGCGAAAUGCCCAUGUGCCCCUCUGGAACUACACUGUGCUGCGUGGCCAGAUCUUCAUUGUAUAUUUCAUUGCUGGUGUGAAAAAGCUGGAUGCAGACUGGGUUGAAGGCUAUUCCAUGGAUAACCUGUCCCGGCACUGGCUCUUCAGUCCCUUCAAACUGAUACUGUCCGAGGAGAUGACCAGUCUACUAGUGGUGCACUGGUGUGGGCUGGUGCUGGACCUCUCAGCCGGCUUCCUGCUCUUCUUUGAUGCCUCCCGGCCCAUCGGUCUCCUCUUUGUGUCCUACUUCCACUGCAUGAAUUCCCAGCUUUUCAGCAUUGGUAUGUUCCCUUAUGUCAUGCUGGCCAGCAGCCCUCUCUUCUGCUCCCCCAAGUGGCCUCGGAAGCUGGUAUCCCACAGUCCCAAAAGGCUGCAAGACCUGCUGCCCCUCCAGACUGCCCCUCAGCCCAGUUCUUCCUGCAUUUAUAAGAGGAGCCGGGCCAAAGAGGGCCAGAGGCCGGGGCUGCGCCACCAGCUAGCCACUGCCUUCACCCUGCUCUACCUCCUGGAGCAGCUCUUCCUGCCUUAUUCCCAUUUCCUCACCCAGGGCUAUAACAACUGGACAAAUGGGCUGUACGGCUACUCCUGGGACAUGAUGGUGCACUCCCGCUCCCACCAGCACGUGAAGAUCACCUACCGCGAUGGCCGCACGGGCGAGCUGGGCUACCUUAACCCCGGGGUAUUCACACAGAGCCGGCGAUGGAAGGAUCACGCAGACAUGCUGAAGCAAUAUGCCACUUGCCUGAGCCGCCUGCUGCCCAAGUACAAUGUCACUGAGCCCCAGAUCUACUUUGAUAUUUGGGUCUCCAUCAAUGACCGCUUCCAGCAGAGGAUUUUUGAUCCUCGUGUGGACAUCGUGCGGGCCGCCUGGUCCCCCUUCCAACGCACACCUUGGCUGCAGCCACUGCUGAUGGACCUGUCUCCCUGGAGGGCCAAGUUACAGGAAAUUAAGACCAGUCUGGACAACCACACCGAAGUGGUCUUCAUUGCAGAUUUCCCUGGGCUGCACCUGGAAAAUUUUGUGAGUGAAGAUCUGGGCAACACUAGCAUCCAGCUGCUGCAGGGGGAGGUGACGGUGGAGCUGGUGGCAGAACAGAAGAAUCAGACUCUUCGGGAGGGAGAAAAAAUGCAGUUGCCUGCUGGUGAGUACCAUAAGGUGUAUACAGUGUCAGCUACUCCUUCCUGCUACAUGUACAUCUAUGUCAACACUACAGAGCUUGCACUGGAGCAAGACCUGGCUUAUCUGCAAGAACUAAAGGAAAAAGUCGAGAAUGGAAGUGAAACAGGACCUCUACCUCCAGAACUGCAACCUCUGCUGGAAGGGGAAGUAAAAGGGGGUCCUGAGCUGACACCUCUAGUUCAGACCUUUCUUAAACGCCAGCGAAGACUCCAGGAGAUUGAACGGCGUAGAAAUACCCCUUUCUAUGAGCGACUCUUUCGCUUCUUACUGAGAAAACUCUUUAUCUUUCGCCGCAGUUUCCUCAUGACUUGUAUCUCACUUCGAAAUCUGGUCUUGGGCCGCCCUUCCCUGGAGCAGCUGGCCCAAGAGGUGUCUUAUGCAAACUUGCGACCCUUUGAACCAGUUGGAGAGUCCAGUCCUUCCAAUACAGAUUCUUCAAAUCCUGAUCCUCCUGAGCCAAAUUCAGAGCAUGUUCACUCAGAAUUCUGAGGGGCUCACAAUGUAUGUAGAUGUAGUAUCAAUUACAGGACCAUUACCUCUGUAUAGAAACUGAUU